CAUGGACUCACAGUCACCUCCACAGUUAUGGCUGCUUGUGACUCGACGUACGUCAUAUUUUAGAACAUAAUCUGUAGUAUAUAUAUGCGUGUUUGUAGUGUGUUUUUAUUUAUGAAACUGUUGUGAUUUUUAGUUAUGAUUGAUAUUUUGACCUACCCACCAAUCUCUACUGAUAUAUACAUAUAUAUAACGCUGUUCCUUUAUCCAAUUUUCAUCUAUGAAUACGUAUCUUUUUACCAUAUAGUUUUAUUUACUAUUUCUACAACAUUUAAGUUCUUUCUGUGUUAUUGGAUGUCUCCCUGACUCAAUUAUUUCCACAAGUUUUUUGGUUGCAUAAUCCGCUGGUUAGUUUCAGAGCAUUUUUCUUAUUCUUAAAUGCUUCAUUGUGGUACUCUAUCAACUACCAAACAGUUAGCUGUAUCCACAGUGCUUACUCUAAUAUUCUUUGAUUACCGUAAUCUUAUGUAUCCUUAUGGUAUUAACGUCGUACCUGUAUUCAACAAUUGGUGGCAAUGUUAUUCCUAUCUCAGCCAAUCUGAUGCUUUUGUUAGAGGAUCAUCUUUAUUCUUCCGACGUGCUCCAUCACCAGUGUCUAAAUUACAUGGCUAUAUAAAUAUGUCAACGGAACAAAUAAUACAAAAUGACAGUGACUUACCUCCUCCAUACUAUCAAAUAAAUCACGAAUGUAUUCGUCGUUACAAACGUAGAACUCAUUGUGCUUACUUCACAUUAAUUAUAUCAGGCAUUGUAAUGAUGCUAUUCGGUGCCCUUAUUCUCGUGAUUUUGAUACCACAAGAAAUCAAUUUAUAUCGAUGGAAUAUAAAAGGACCAUUAUCAAGAUUUUUUAAUCACGACAAAACUGUUUUACUAAUUAGUAUGGAUGGAUUUCGUCAUGAUUAUAUAGAAUUGACUAAAACUCAUCUGGGCUCUAAUGCAUUACCGAAUUUCGAUCGUCUAAUAUCAGAAGGUGUACGAGCUAUGGAAUCGAUCAAUGUUUAUCCUACAAUUACUCUACCUAAUCAUCGUACAUUAAUUACCGGUUUGUAUCCUGAAAAUCAUGGAGUUGUUGGGAAUAGUCUACUGGAUAAGAAAUGGCCAAAUAAAAUUUUCAGUAUAUAUGAUCAGGAAAGCCUAAAUCAUGCUCCGUGGUUAACUGAUUGGCCUGAACCUAUAUGGGUUACAUUGCAAAAAAAUGGUCGCUAUACUGGUUCACUUUUAUGGCCUUUAACUGAUCAGUUUGUUAGCGAUGAUUUACCAUUUCAACGAGUUUCACAAUAUGCUUUACUUAAUGACUAUGAACACCGUUAUGCGUAUGACCAACGAAUCAGAGAUAUAUUAUGCUUAUUUGAAGAACCUGAUGAAACUGGUCAUUCAUACGGUCCAAAUAGUAAACAUGUUGCAAAAGUUGUUCAAACCUUAGAUGAAACACUCGGUCAUCUAUUAGACGGUAUCAAAAAACGUGGUCUUUCUGAUAAAGUAGAUAUUAUUCUAACUGCUGAUCAUGGUAUGUCUGAAACAUCAAAUACUCGUCUUAUUCCGUUGGACAAAUAUAUUGAUAAUUCUUUGUACAAUUAUACUCAAUUAUCAACUAUGGGAUUCCUUUAUCCUGCACCUGGGAAAUUUGAAGAAGUGUACAAACGUCUAAAAAAUGCGCAUCCAAAAUUAGAUGUGUAUCGAAGAGAUGAAGUUCCUACCUAUCUGAAUUUCAAUAUAACCAACUCUCGUAUGCCUCCAUUGAUACUUAUUGCUAAGCCAAGUUGGAAAAUUGUAAAGAACACUUCACAUCCUUACGCCAAUGUUUCUGGUGAUCAUGGUUAUGCAACAGAUUUCUCUGAAAUGUAUCCAUUCUUCAUUGCAAGUGGUCCUUCUUUCAAGAUUGCUGAGAGCGUUCCUACUGUCCAUGCUGUAGACGUUUAUCCACUAAUGUGUGCAUUAUUAAAUAUUCAACCAAAUCCAAACAAUGGCAGCCUAGAACGUAUUUCAAACAUACUGAAACCUGAUGUUGCCAAUCGCCUUUUGAAUUUGAAUAGUUGGUCAUAUUUAUGGAAAUGGAUCAUAUUUGAUUUGAGAUUUAUUUUAUUUAUUUCAAUUAUAUGCGUUUCAUUUAUGAUUUUACUGUGUUCAAUUGUAGUUGUGAUGAAUCGUAAAGAAACCAAUGAACCAUUCAUUCGUCUACCCAUCGAUAAUGAUAAAGAGUUUUCAGAUUAUAAUACAUGAAGGUAUUUAGUAACUAUAAUUCUUGCUCAACCUCAUCAAUUUAUUUCUAUUAUUGAUUAUUAAUAAUAACACAAACUCUAUCAUGAUUUUCAUUUGAUGAAUCUACAGAAACAAAAGUUUUUUUUAUCGUUCUCUAAAUCAAUAUCUAUCAACUCGAUCC